AUGGAUUGCUCGUGUCCCCCCAACCAUGCAUUCCGCUCUCUUCCUCCUCCCCGCUCUUUUAUCUUCACUCCCUCCCGCUCUUGCGGGCGACGCGAGCGCAGCGUGCGCGCAGAUCGCGGAUGCGCUGUCAGAGUCGUCGGCCUUUAUCAAGGAUGGUGCGUGAAUAACUCCUCCUACAUCGACCCAUCGCUCACGCGCUCCUGCCGAUCCCCCACAGGCUGGGACAGCCGCUGGUGGAAGGACAUCGAGCACUGGGCAUCGAGCUCGACGCAGACGCCGACAUGCACCGUCGAGCCCGGCACCGCGGAGGACGUCGCGACCAUCCUUCGCAUCGUCAACGAGACGCAGGCGCCGUUUGCGGUCAAGGGCGGCGGGCACACCGCGAACCCCGGGUUCUCGUCCACGCCUGGCGUGCACAUCGCCAUGUACCGGUUCUCCGAGGUUACCUACGACGAGGCGACGGAGAACGUUGUCGUCGGCGCGGGCAAUGUCUGGGAUAACGUGUACGCGACGCUGGAACCGCUCGGCCGGAUGGUUGUUGGCGGUCGCGUAUCGGGUGUCGGCGUGGCCGGUUUUACGUUGGGCGGUGGUAUGUGCUGUUAUUCCUGGAAGACCAACCAGUAUGGUCUGACCGUUGACACCAUCCAGGCGUACGAGCUCGUCAAGCCCAGCGGCGAGAUUGCCACCGUCACCGCGGAGUCGGAUGCGGACCUUUUCUGGGCACUGAAGGGUGGAUUCAACAACUACGGCAUCGUCACGCGGUUCACUCUCAAGACGCACCCUCAACCUGAGCAGGUUUGGGGUGGUAUCAUUACCUACACCCAGGAUCAGGUCGACAAGGUUUCGGAGGCUGUCGCCAAUUUCUCCGCAAAGGUCACCGACCCGAAGGCUGCUAUCAUAUCGGCGUACAACUUCCUCCUCGGCGAGAUUGGCAUCUCGCAGCUGUUCUUCUACGACGGUCCGGAGCCACCUUCGGGUAUCUUCGAUGAGUUGCUAGAAAUCCCCCACUUCAGCAAGGAUGUGAAGGCCCGCAGCUUCGUCGACCUCGUCACCUCCAAUCCGUCUAACGUUACGGGUGGCCAGCGUGGCGUCUUCAACACCGUCUCGCUCGAGAGCUACCCGCUCGAUAUGGUCCAGUUCAUCGCUAACGAGACCAAGCGCGUCGGCUCGAAGCUCGCCUGGAAGUCCGGCAACUUCAUCUCCUACGACAUCGAGCCCUUCCUCCCGGGCCAUCUCUCGCACGGCGCCGAGGGCUCCUCCGCCUACCCGCCCACGCGCGCCAAGGGGUUCCUGCCGCUGAACCUCUACUACGCGUGGGGCGCCGACCUCGCCGACGACGUCGUCUUCGACGCCAUCCGCGAGAGCGCGCAGAAGAUCUCCGACUACGCCGUCAGCUCCGGCCAGGACAUCAGCGGCUUCCCCCUCUACCCGAACUACGCGAUCUUCAACCGCUCGCUCGACGAGCUCUACCAGGGCAACACGCAGCGCCUGGCGGAGAUCCGCGCGCGCGUCGACCCGUACAACGUGAUGGCGCUCGCCGGCGGCUUCAAGUUUUGA